AAUAGCUCCUUAUAAAUAUGACCUGAAGUCAAUUUGAAGCAAGCAUUCCUACGCGCGCACCCUCUGGCAUGAAUUUGUCAGUAUAGUGAGAACUUCAUCACAGAUAAGGCUGGCUGGCCAUGAUGACCAACAACCUCGCCUCUAACCCCACCAAGCAGGCCAGCUGAGGACUCUCUCAACUGUCAGAGCAGAAAAAAAGCACUCCGACCACCUGAUAGUGUUUGAGACACGGCUCCAGGUAUCCUGCCUAAUCCCCCUCUCUCUCUCUGACACAUCACUGCCUCAUGACCUGAGGGCCACAAUCAUCUGUUACAACCUGACGACUGAAACAGCCAACCAGAGAAGACCACUAGAAGAGAGCCUACAUAUUAAACUCAUCCACCACCAGAGGAGCUUGGGACUUGAGCUUCUGCCCAUCUGCAUGGUGACUCACUGUGGAACUCUUCGGCACCUGUACAAGAAGUCCAUUGACAGACGUGAAGACAGAUAUCCAGAGUGACAGUCUACCAGCUCAAACACCAUCAGCAGCCUGCUCCUCUGACCAGUACUGUUGAAGCUAUGGGGAGUCCAGGCUGUGACCGCGUGGGGAGCACAGUGCCCCUUCCCCUGAUGAGUUUCAAUGACUACCCCUACAGUGUGUCUGGUCUGAGGGCCUGGGAGGAGGAAGACACCAAGCCGCCCCGUGGACUGAUAAGUGUGCCUAAACACACCGCUCCUGAACGCAGCCUGCAAGGGGUGUUCCUGCCCUGUUCUGACAUGCUCCUCACUGAAGACAGCUUGUGGCUGUUGAAGAAGAAAGAGGCAGCACCCCUUGAGCCCCCCUGUAAGCCCUUGGAGCAGUGCCCUGUCAUCGACAGCCAGGGCCUGGGGGUGGGCCUGGGAUUGGAGGUCCCCUCUGGGCUAGAGGGACAGGUGGAAGAACGCUGUCUGGAGCAGGUUCAGAGCAUUGUAUUGGGAGAAGUAAUGAAGGACAUAGAGACCGCCUGCAAGCUGCUCAACAUUACCUCAGAACCCAUGGAGUGGAACUGUGGGAACGUCCAGAAGUGGCUGCUGUGGACAGAGCACCUGUACAGACUACCCCAGGUGGGAAAGGUGUUCCAGGAGCUCAGUGGGAAGGACCUGUGCUCCAUGACAGAGGAGGACUUCAGGCAGCGCUCAAUGCAAUGUGGAGACCUGCUGUUUGCUCACCUGGACAUCUGGAGAUCAGCUGCGUGCAUGAAGGAGUGCUGCACACCAGGAGAUACCAAGUUACAUAGUGCUGAGGAGACGUGUCCAGAGGCUGACUCAUCCUGCUCAAGCCAGCCCAUCCACCUGUGGCAGUUCCUUAGACAGCUGCUCCUCAAGCCACACAACUAUGGACGCUGCAUCCGCUGGCUCAACAAGGAGAAAGGUAUCUUCAAAAUCGAAAACUCGGCUUAUGUAGCCAGGUUAUGGGGCCUCAGAAAGAACCGUCCAGCUAUGAACUACGACAAGCUGAGUCGCUCUAUCCGGCAGUACUACAAGAAGGGCAUCAUCCGCAAGCCUGAUGUGUCCCAGAGACUGGUCUAUCAGUUUGUCCACCCUGUAUGAAGCAGCUGUUGAGCAGCCAGCCAGAAGAGGAGAACACGAGUGGUGAUGACUGGUGACAACUAACUGAAAAGAAGCCUCUAACUGCUGUUUUAGCUCCAGCAUUAACAAUGCACUGCAUAGACUGCCUCCUGCAUUGUGCACUCCUGCCUAAUUUCAAUAUUCUUAUGUGUAACCUGAUUGCAUAUGGGAAGUUAUUGUCACAUUGCAUUAGAUAUGUAAUGUUUUACAUUUCCAAUAUUGUUGAAAUAAUUGUAAUAUUAAUUGUCCAAUAUUUCAUUUUCACAAAUGUCAAUUCCAUGUUUGUAUAGUUUUUCUCUUAAUCACCAGUACAUCAGCUACUAUUUAUUUCUUCAUUUGUAAUGGUUGCUCUUUUUAGUGCCAUUUACAUUUCAACAUGUCCCUCCUUUACAACCCAUAGCACUUACAAAUGUUACAUUUUACAUAAUUAGUUCUCUGAUGCUUGCUUUGGAAACUACAGUGGACUAAGCUAUGGUGAGUAUAUAAUGUACUAUAGAAUGGAUUGAAUAUGUUCACUGCUGAUCUCUAGUAGCAGUCCGAUGUUAAGGCCACUUCAUAGGUCACAGUCACAGCUGUUUACCCCAUACAGUAGGGCCAAUUAUGAUCCUGAUGUAAAUUUGUAAUAUCACAGAUCUCAUUGAAUUGAAAUGAUUAGACUCCGGUGCCCAUUCCCUGGCAGAAGAAUACAGUCUAAUAGGAAUUAGUGAAUAGAGUGAACUACUGUAAUAUAAGCAUUUCAAUACCACUGCCACAUUUCAAGUGCUAGGAACUGUAUGUAGAGUCCAACACCUGUGUCAGAGAUUUAGUGAUUGGAUACAUACAAAUGUUGGAAUAUAAUAUUGAAUAUUUAUAAUGACAAUGUGUAAGAAUGUGUUUAAAACAAAGCAGCCUUUUUUCAUCAAGUACCCUAAGACUACAAUCAUAGCAUAUCAUAACCCAUAAUGCACAGUCAAAAUCCAUCCAAAAAACACACACAGGACACAAAACAUUUUGUUUGUAUUCUCAACAAACUUGUUUUCCCCUUUCAAACCAAUAUUGUAAUAUUGACACCAUCACAACAACUUUGAUUCAGAAUAUCAUCCUUAUUAUCAUAAUCAUAAUGAUCUUUAUGCAUAUUUAAAUUAACCUUGUGUUACAUUAAGAUGAACAGGCACUACACCAGUUAGGAGAUCAAAUUACAUCACUAACUAUAAACAUACACACGUCUGCUAAUACAGGGGUUUCACGACAUGAGCCGUGUCCCCCUUGUUGUGCAUAAGGAAGAGAGAAAUCAACAUUAAAAAAGCAUUUACAUAUACACCGUUUUUACUGGCUCAAUGUAGUUAGGUUUCCUUUCCAACUCAACACAGUUGUACAGUUACAAUAGAAUAGAAUCCUUAAAUUACAUCAUCAUAUACAAAUCUCACAGCGUGGGGUAACAUCACGCUCUUAUAUGGUACAUUGACAAUUCCAUUGCGAUGCAAUUCAUACGAUAUGGUACCUAUUACUUAAUAUGCUUUCCAUUGCUGUUAUUUUGUUGUAACACAUUUGCAUGUAUGAUACUACAUUUUGUCUUAGUAUUUGAUCACUUGCAUUUUUUUAUUAUUAUUUUAUUUACAAUUACACAACUCAUACACGCUGAAUGAUAAAAGAUUUUUGUUUCCCAAAAAAUAUCUACCCGAGGUGUGUGUGUGUGUGUGUGUAAAGGCUAUAAGAUCAUUUGAUGAUAUUAGUUAUUUUUGCUGGGCAGUUUACACUAAGAUACAUAACUUGUGAGCUGGUGAUGUGUUCUCUCAACAGUGAUACCAAGACCUGGUGAAAUCUCCUCUGAAGCUAUAACCAAAUCUUGCCAAUAUAAUAAUGUUCUAUGACAUCAAACUUGAGGCGGUUUAACCUCAUGUUCAUGACCCCUGUUCUGUGCAAAGCUUUCUGCUCUCACAACAUUAUUGCAUGCCUGAUUUAGAUAGCCCACCAUUGGCAAAAAUAUUUGAAUCGGAUAAACAUCUGAUAAACUAGAUUUGUCAGCAAGUACUGUAAUAUUUUCUGUAUAUACAGUAUGUGCAUUUAAAGCAGGGGCUGAGUGUGUGAGCAUGUGAAGUAUACUACCAUGAGCAAUCUAAAGUAGAGUUAAUUACUUCUGUCAAAGAAAUGAUUUCUGAUAUACUGUAGUCACUGUGGUAUGCUCUUGUCUUCCCCCCUGUGGAUCAACUAUUGAAUGAGCAAAUAAAUACUGAGACAACAGGUAGCAGUUAGUUGCAUGACAGGGUUAUGUGAUAGUUGAGUUAUUGCAUGAGGAAAGAGUUUUAUGUAUUUCAGAUUUCGGUCAUUCUUUGGCUCAGUAGGGGGCCGAUUCCGACCCGAGUUAAGCGGUGUAAAUGGAACAUAGUCCCUUUUAAUGAACUGUUAUAUCUAUGCUUGUACUGACUUUGAAUUUAAGCAUGCGAAUAGCAUGCUAUUCACCUGCUAUUCGUUCGGGGUAGAGAUCUAAGAAACGAAGGCGUGACGGAGGUUUGUCUACAGACACGCCGUAUUCUGACCGUGACCUAAUUCCCUAAUAAUUCCACUACCUUGACACUGUAGUGAAUCUGCCGGUUCCAAAUGGAAAAGCAUCCAUUUUUUUCUUAUAUAGAAAUAACAGCAUUAUCCAUGCACUGCAAUGUUUCAAUUGAUAAGAGCUAUUGAUAAGAGCUAGGUAAAUGAGUAAUCUGUUUGGAGAAGGGGAUUAUAAAUACACAUAGCAAUUGUUUGAGAUGAUUUUUCCUUAUGAUACCAGGAGACGAAUGUGAAACCAGUCAUAUGGAAGCAAACUGAAAAUCAUAUCAACAUGACAUGUACUGCGGCCUCUUUUUCGCAGUGAAAUAGGCCAUAAAUAACUUUGCCAUUAUUUCGAAUUUUAAUUGUGUGCCCUCAUCAUUUGCGUGGAUGAAAUUUGGAGACCCAAGAUUUGGGCUUCUGUAGGGCUGAACCUGGCUAGUUGAUGUUUGUACAUUUGAAUGUUUUAAUUAUAUACCCAGGUUUUUCUCCUUUUUAUUUUACCAUUUGAAUCA